CUGUGGAUGGAUCCAUUAUUCGGAUACCUCAAAAAUGAUUCAAUGUUUUACAAAGGAUGGUACCAACAUAAAGGAUCGUUAAGCUUUGAUGAAUCAGUAAGACGAAGAAGAUGGAAAGGGUGGUGGAAUGACGAGAUUGUAAAACUCGUUCGUGAAUCAAUGGAUCAUCCAACUUCAUUAACAGUAUUGCUUACUGGACGUGGCUAUUCAGAGUUUCGUCAUAUCAUCACGGAUAUGGUAGAACGAACGGGUUUAAAAUUCGACGUGUUAGGAUUCAAACCGGAUCGUCUAUCAUUGCCUGGACAACGAGAUACUCUUGAUAAGGAUCAAAAUACUUUAAAUUGGAAUUCGUAUUAUGGGCCAUCAAUUAUCCAAAAAAUUGGCAUUAUGAAAUAUGAAGAACUCAUCCGUAAUGAAACAAUAAUGGAAAGUAGUAAUGUUAGGGUUGUUACGAAGGAUUUUAAACUCGCAUUUAUGAAGGAAUUACUUCGGCAUCACCCUUCCGUUAGUUCAAUUUAUUUAUGGGAUGAUCGUGUACAUCACGUAAAGUCUUUUCAAUUAUUUUUUGAUGAUUUGAAAUUGCGUGGAAUAGUUCAGGAAGCAAUUGCAAAUACCGUAUUCCUUCCUCUUCGUUAUUUUGAUCCUUAUCAAGAGUAUCUCGUUGUCCAGGCAAUGAUAGACGAUCACAACAAAGCAGUUGAAAGAUUUUCAACACAAGCCGAUCAAUCAUCUCGAAA